GGUGAGACGGUCACCUUGUGCUUCCGGACUAACCCAAACAGCAGCUGAUGUUUUUCUAACCAGAAUCAUCUGCGUCUCAUUUCCUCCUCCGCUGCGUCCAACCAUGGCAGCUGCAGGCUUCAUGCUGCUGCUCCUCUUCACGGUGUCUCUGUGGUCGGGAGAGUCCAGAUUGAUUAUUGAGCCUUUGUCAUUCAUCAAACAGGAAUCUCAGACGCUUGAUAUCUGCACAGAAUGUAGUCAGAUCAUCCAGCUGUCUGAGAACAUGAUCUCCAGCAGCGACACUAAGGAGACCGUGUAUGAAACGCUGCAUGCUUUGUGCCAUCGCCUCGCAGGAGAUCAGGCAUCCGAGUGUGAUUCACAGGUGAAGGCUUAUCUGCCAAAAAUCCUGCAGCAAACUCCUGGUCACCUGAAACCUGGUGAGAUCUGUGUGGUUUUUGGACUGUGUGCAACCCACAAGGAAGAGGAACUGCAGAAACCUACGUACCAUGUCACCAAUGAAGACGGACCCAGUUCUGCACUUGGAACAGGCACCAAGACCGUGGGGCUAUUCAACCCAGUGUGCACUCUGUGUAUGUUAUUUAUCAAGAAGCUGGAGGCUCUGCUGCCCCAAAAUAUGACUGAGGAUACUAUAAUUAAGGUCAUGGACGAGGUCUGCCAUCUUCUGCCUAAAAGCUAUAAGGACCAAUGUGAUGAUUUUGUGGAAAAAUAUGGCGCACAGAUUGUUGAAUUCCUUAUGUCGUCUGCAGCUCCUUACACCAUAUGUAGCCUUUUACACCUCUGCUUGUUCGAAGAGAAGCCCGCUGAAGAGGUGUUGAUCCCCUCGGACUGCGACUCGUGCCGCACGCUGGCAAUGCUAAGCCGACUGCACCACGGACUCAACGCCACUGAACCUCAGACUUCUGCUUUCCUGCAGUCUGUGUGCAUCAAUCACCCAAAUGCCAUCCCCAAGUGUGACGCUUUCAUCAAAAUCUACGGCUCACAGCUGCUGAAGGUGUUGGGAAACCAGAUGGAGACACCACAAGCUUGUGAAAGAGCGUCUCUCUGUGCCUCCUCCAAGAAGCUGGACUCACUGGGAAGCAAUCCUUGUACUUGGGGACCAAGUUACUGGUGCAAAGACACUGAAACUGCUCAAAAGUGUGGUAAUCGAGCCUUCUGUGAGAAAUACAUGUGGAUGAAGAAUGAAUGAACCCGACAUCAGCACUGAAACUACGUGCACACAAACUACUUUCUACAAAUGUACUACACUGAAAAACUGUUGAAUGUUUUGUUUUUUUAAAUGUGAUGCACUGAUCGUUUUUUUGAGAAAUAAUCUAUAGCCAUACGUGCUCAUCAUAAACUAUUUAAAUUAGCAUGAAGUGUCACAGGUCUGAGGCUGGUAUUCAGUUUGAAACAUCAGUUUAUGAAGGAGUUUGUGAACUGUUAUUCAGUAUAUAGCUACAGCUUUGUCAUUAUGAAUGUGAAAAGUGGCCAAAAGUUUGCUGUUGUGCUCGUCAUAAGAUGAACUCUGAGUGUAUCUUAAAAGCAAUCUGCACUACUGAUUGUAUAACUGCCAAUCUGCUUCUUCUGUAAUCAUAUUGCACUUCUGAUCAUUUGUUAUGUAAAGGACCACAUACAAAUAAAAAAUACUAAAAUUAAA